AUGCUGAGCGGAGCACAGAGUUUGCUUUUAUCAUCAGCAAUCAUUCUCGGUACUCUUCUUCCAAUGGUAUCCUCAUCAUUCCUACUGAAGUGGUUCUUAUGUGAGAUGGGUUUCAAAUCAUUCUGCGAUGCAAACAGCUCAACAUCACGUUUACAAGUAUUUUCACAAUUACUGAUAUCCGGCUGUUUCAAGCUUAAUCAGACUCUAGUUAAGAGUGAGCCAUUUCGAAAUAUCCACACUGUGGAUGACGAGAAUGAACUGAAAGAAUAUGAAUCGUUUCUAGGAAAGCCAGCAUUCAUGCUUUUGAAAUAA